GUUACUGAAGUGGAUUUAAAAGGGCCGCGAAGGAUUCCAUGAUGAUGACCGGAGAUGGUCGAGCAAGCGAAAAGGGAACUCUGUAUUCGCUACAGCCAGUCAACUUUAGCCCACAAUUCUUUUAGGAAUAAGCCGCCGCAAUCAUGGUUACCGUCGAAGUUCAACCUCCGGCGCAAGCCCAAGCAGGAGCGGUUUUGUACCCGCCACUUGUCAUAAGCUCGGAGAGCGAUGACGCCUACGACUUUGUACAGGUGGCACUUAUCGACCCUUACGGACGCGUUCUUGAAGACCAACUGUAUGGUACACUUUCAAUGUCCGGUCAGAGUCUAAGUGAUCGGUCUGCUUCGAGGAGCAACAGAGCUACAGAGUAUUCUGUUUUCCCGGAUCUUAUUGUCAGCUAUGCCGGGACAUACUAUCUUCAAGUGAGCGCUAUCCGUAUGGACUACGCGUCUCCCGACGGCGCAGCAGCAAUCAUCGCUGCUUCCACAACUACAACCCAGAUUAUCGUCUACGACCAAUGCGUCGCUUCGGAGAUCCCAUCCCCUGACGAACAAUCCCUACUACGAAGACUUCGACGUAAUGGUGGAUUUGGUGUCCCUCGUGCGCCUAAAUGAUACGGCGGAUGGGUAUUUUGCUGCUUCAGCGGAGUUGACCACUAGUAUUUGUUGAAACUAUGCCUGGGCCCGAUGGGAGAUGGAAAUACCAGAAGAGAAAAUUGGGGCGGGUUGAAUUUCACACUGUCCUAGCAUAGGACUUUUUCACAACUAAAUAUUUCUCUCUUUUCGUUAAUUUGGAUAGAAAAAAAGAAUUACUCACUAGAUCAAAAGAUCCCCCCUUUUGUCACUUUCACA